AUGAGAAGCGGCCCGAUGGGUUUCUCGGAGGUUAACUAUUUUUUCAGGGUUUGCGAUGAGAAGCGAUUUUUGGAUCCGCCGCGCACCGAAGCAAAAAUCUCCGGGCAUUUUGCGCUGAUGAGCGAACCGAGCCGCCGGGUGCCCCGCAGCGGCCUCGCUGGGCCAGAAGAACCGGUCCGCGAGUGCUCCGCAGCAACCUCGCUGAGCCAGAACGUCGGCUCGCGAGCGGCACGCGCGCGGCCCGCGCUUCCGCACAAGAUCAACGACCACGGCUCCGCCAACAACGACUUCUGGGUCGUGCUCAAGGACGCCAUCCACAACUCCUCGCGCGCCCGCGUCGAGUGCCAGCGUGCCCUUGCCGCCUCGCUUGUUGCGGCCGACUCCGCCUUUGCACCACACGGCCCGGAGGCGCAGCACAAGGCGCGCGGCUUCCUCUCGGCCAACGGCCACGUUUUACACCGGAUGCAGCGCUUUGCAGAGCAACUCGAGGCCAAGGCCCGGGCUGCCGAGAUGGCCCACGCUGCAGAUGUGUCUCAGCUGCGCGAGCGCCUGCACAUCGCGCUUAGCGCGGCGGCAGAGCAGAGCGACAACACAAUCUCGGCGCUGAUGGCUGAUCACGAGACGCACGUGGCGCGCGCCGCUGACGUCCAGCACGCCCUUCAGCAGCGGCUCGAGGCGGAGCGCGCCCGGCUGACGGGCGAGAACGACUCGAUGCAUUCCGAGCUCGAGGCAGCCAAGCGCGCAGUUGCAGCCCUCGAGGCGAAGGUGCAGGAGACGGCCGAGCAGGCGGCGGCUGAGCAUGCGGCAGACCGAGCAGAGCUGCUCGAGCUCCGCGAGAGCAACGAGCAGCUCCGCGAAGACGCCUGCCAGCGGGGAGCGCAUUCCGAGCGGUCGCGGCUGGAGCUGCAUGGGCAGGUGGAACGGCUGACUCGCGAGAAGCGUGCGCUCGAGAUCGAGUUCGAGGAGCAGGUCGCUCAUCUCCAGCGGAUGCGUGAGGACGAGGUGCGCGAUCUCCAGGCCCAGCGCGACCGUAGCAUCACGGAGCACCAGCGCAGCGUCCAGGAGCUCAAUCGGCAGCUAGAGGCAAGCCUCGACGACCGCAGCGCCGACGCGGCCCACUACGAGGCCAAGAUUGAGAGGCUGCAAGCUCUCAACGUGGCCGCGCUGAAGGCGGGCUCGGCGCGAGGCCGACAGCUGCUGUACGCGGAGAGCAUGCGUGCAGCGUGUUUGCUCCCCUGCUCUGCUUGUCAAGGCACGGCUCACCCAGCGUCGGCCCUAUAG